AUGGGAGGGGUUAACUACGUGAGCCGGAGGCGGGCGGCGCUGCAGCCUGAGGAGCCUGACGAGGAGUCUUGGGAGGAGCUGGUGCCGCCGCCGCCGUCGUGCCCGCUGGCUGGCACCGCCGCUGGGAGCUGGGGCGGGCGGGAAGCGCCCGGAGCCAUGUUGGGGAAAGGGGCUGGCGGCAGCGGGGCCAAGCCCGCCAAGCCUUCCUUCGUGUCCUACGUCAGCCCGGAGGAAAUACACAUAAAGGAACCCAUAGAAAAGGAAUUAAGUCUUCACCUGUUACCAGGUGAAUUGCUGCUCUGUGAGGCAAACACAGUAUUAAAGUGUGUACAAGAAGAUGGGUCAAAUCGUGGAGCCUACGGGAAACUCAUUUGCACAAACUUCAAGAUUGCUUUUCUUGGUGAUGAAUCUGCUUCGGAUGAUAAUGAGCCAGAAUUUAAGAAUAUGAUCAUAGGAGAAAACGACAUAACUCUGCAUUGUAUAGACCACAUUUAUGGAGUUUACGAUGAGAAAAAGAAAUCUCUAUCUGGACAACUGAAAAAAUACCCAGAGAAAUUAAUCAUCUACUGUAAAGAUCUUAGAGUAUUUCACUUCUGUCUGAGGUAUACAAAGGAAGAGGAGGUAAAAAGGAUCGUCUGUGGCAUAGUUCAUCAUAGCCAGACUCCUAAACUACUUAAACGCUUGUUUCUGUUCUCUUAUGCAACAGCUGCGCCAACCAAUACAGACAUACAAAACCAAACUGUGAUGUUUGAUGCUAUUAAGGAUUGGCGUGAGGAGUUGGAACGGACCAAAGGGAACAUGAAAUAUAAAGUAUUGAGUGCCAACGAAGCCUACAAAGUCUCUGAAAAAUUGCCAUUGUAUUUUGUUGUUCCCAUGUCCCUCUCUGAAGAGAGUAUCUUGCAGUACCAAGGAAGAGGCAUUCCUAUUUGGUGUUGGUCUUGUCAUAAUGGUGCUUCUCUUCUCAAAAUGUCUGCUUUUCCCAAAGAACAAGAGGACAACACUUCACAAAUGCACAAAAUUUUCUUGGAUGGAGUUUACAAGACAAUUAACAAACCUCCUUAUGAAGUCUUGAAAACGGAUGACCUUUCAAGCAGCCUUCCAUCUCUUCAAGACAUUCAAGCUGCAUACACUAGAUUUAAACAGCUGUUUCUGAUAGAUAACAGUACAGACUUCUGGGAUACUGAUGUAAAAUGGUUUUCAUUACUGGAGAGCACAAACUGGCUGGAAAUCGUUAGGCGAUGUCUGAAAAAAGCAAUAGAGGUGGUUGAAUAUCUGGAAGGACAGAACACAAACGUUCUCCUUGUAGAGGAGAAUGCCUCUGAUCUGUGCUGUGUGAUCUCCAGUCUAGUUCAAGUGAUGAUGGAUUCACACUACAGAACAAAGUUUGGCUUUCAGAGCCUUAUUCAGAAAGAGUGGGUAAUGGGAGGACAUUGUUUUUUGGAUCGCUGCAACCAUUUACGGCAAAACGACAAAGAGGAGGCUCCUGUUUUUCUGCUCUUCUUAGAUUGUGUUUGGCAGUUGGUACAACAGUAUCCUCCGGCAUUUGAGUUCACUGAGACUUACUUAACUGUCUUAUCAGACAGUCUCUAUAUACCUAUUUUUAGCACCUUCUUCUUCAAUUCACAGCAUCAAAAGGAAACUAACAUGUCUAGAGAAGGCCACAAUGCACAAAGCAGCCAUUUCAGGUUUCUCACAGUUUGGGAUUGGUCUGUGCAGUUUGAACCUAAAGCACAGGUUUUGCUCAACAACCCUCUUUAUGUGGAGAAGCCAAAACUGGACAAAAGUCAGCGGAAAACUACACGAUUCAAACAUCAACGACAGCUUUCUUUGCCACUGACGCAAACAAAAUCUUCUCCAAAAAGAGGAUUUUUCAGGGAGGAAACUGAUCACUUUAUUAAAAACAUUCUGGGCAAAAGAAUUAGCAAACUGAUAAAUUCUUCAGAUGAGCUUCAUAAUAACUUCACAGAAUUCUACGAUAGCUGGCACUGUAAACCUAUUGACUUUCAUGGACUUCUGCUGCCUCACAUUGAAGGGCCAGGAAUCAAAGUUUGGGCGCAGCGAUAUUUACGAUGGAUUCCUGAAGCACAGCUGCUUGGCGGUGGUACAGUUGCCACUGCAACUAAAAUCUUGGACAUGAUAGAGGAAGUUCAGAGCUUACAGAAGAAAAUGGAUGAAAAACAUAGUCUGACAGUCCCUCAAGGCAGGGAAGCUCUUCCAAUGCUGAGAAAUUCUGCCCGUUUGUCAUCCUUGUUUCCAUUUGCUUUGCUUCAGAGACAUUCUCUCAAGCCAGUUCUGCCCACCAGCACCUGGAAAGACUUGGAAGAUGAGGAUGACUUGGCCAAAAGAGAUGAUGAGUUUGUUGAUUUAAGUGAAGUGAUUUAA